UUUUUCAAUAUUCAAUGUCACAAUUCCACUGGCAGCCAAACUUGGCCAAUAAAAUGUACACAAACAUGCUAUAAAUAAAGCUGCAACGGAUUUUUAUAAUCGCAGACCAGACGGCUCCAAGACUACCGUUAAAAAUAUCAACACUUGUUCAUGCUUUCGUCAUUUAUAGUAAAAGUGUAUAAUAUACUGUUGUAUGCUGUUGACUGAAAUGGAGUUAUAAUACAAAACAAAGUAAACAAAAUUUUCACGAAAAAGACGGAUUAUUUUUGUCGCUGCUCAUCCGAAACUGACUACCCAAUAAAGAGAGCGAAGUUUUGGUUUUUGAGCCAUAUUUAAAUCUUAUUUCCAGGAAAAUACACCAUUAGGUGCUUGUAUAUGCAGUCACUGAAAGCGCCUUUUUUCACAUGUUGAGCCAAAGAUUGGUUUAGUUGCUACGCUUAUCAUUUGCGAACAACUGAGCGAAGUGUUUGAAUUUUCAUAGGAAUUAUUUAGGUAUAUUUUCCUUGAAAUUCAUUGUCGCCAGAUGUAUACGUUUGCAUCCAAAUAUAUUGCAAAUAUUCUAAUGCCGUAUCCGUUUAUAUGCACAGGUAUAAGUGGUACUGAUUUUUGUUCGAUGUUUGUCGAUGUUUUAUCUCGAAAAAAAAUGGUACAAAACACCAAGCAACUGAUAAUUUGGAGUCAGUCGAUUGUUGGUUGGUCAAGUCAUGAUUUAUAUGCGCUGUGAUAUUGUUAAAGUUGCAACUUUGCAUUUUAUUUUCAGUUUAGCAUCAAGUCAAAGAUUUAUAUCAAUUUAAAAAAUCAUGGAUAGAAUGAUGAAAAUCAUUGAAAUGAAUGUCGAUUGUCUUGAAAAAGUAUUGGAAUGUUUGAACUUUAUUGAUCUUCUAAACGCAGCUGAUUCCAACAAACAAUUAAACCACGCCGCCACACUCAUAUUUAAUCGCAAGUAUGGUAAAAAGAAGUUUAUAUUUGGUGAGACUCGUUUAUCGCCAAAGCCAUUGCUUCAAAGUGGCAAGUACUUCAUCGACAUCAAUGAUUUAAGGACUGGUUUAAAGUGUUUACGCUGUUUUGGUGCUCAAAUUUCUGAAAUGGUCUUGUACAGAUUCCAAGAGGAUGUAUCUGAAUUUGAUCUUCACAUUAUUGCUUAUAUAAAUGAAUACUGCGCCGAGGCCAUAACCCGUAUUGGUGUGAGAAAUUGUUCAGAAGAUGGUUUAAAAUAUUUCACGACGCCAUUUACCAAAGUUGAAGACGUUUAUUUGCAAAGUUGUUCGGCUGAAAAAGAAUGGAUCAAAAGAGUAUUCCCUAAGGUGCGAGAGCUCAAGCUCUGUCCCAGCAUGUGCUCCACACUAUUAUACAAUGGAUGUACAGCCAGUCAUUUCCCUCGCCUGGAACAUUUGGAGAUAAGUUCGAGCACAACAAGAGAAAACAUUGCAUGCAGAAAAAAUGUGAUGGCCACACUACGCUUGAAUCCACAGCUGAAGACUUUGCGUGUAAGACAAUUGUGCACGCCAAUCGAUUUGACAUUUUUUCAGGAAUCAAGUGGAUUCUUGCAAAAUCUUGAGAAUCUCGAACUCACGUUUAGUUUUCAUUUCUUCCAUAAUUUCAACGGUGCAAUGGUGCAUCUGAAGAGCGUAAAACAUUUGGAAAUUUAUGGUUUUGAUAUUCCUGAAGUGCAUCCUAUCAUUCCAUUCUCAUUCGACAAACUGGAAUCGUUAUCACUUUCGUCAUACGGGCCAUUGGAUGAACGCUUUUAUGAAUUUAUCGAAAAACAUCCAUCGAUUAAGGAAUUGAAAAUCACAAAUCGGUUUCCCAACGAAGAAGCUUUACAUCGAUGGAGAGGCAUCGCAAAAGUUCUGCCUUUGCUGCAGUCGGAGAUGGACUUUUCUUGGAUCAAAUUUUCCGUUGAAGAAGCACUUGAUUUUAUGCAGAUGUUCAAGUCAUUGAAAUCGUUCCGUUUCGGACUCAACCAACACUCUGACUAUCAACAUUUACAGAUGCGACUGAAUGUUGGCUGGCUGGUGUCGAUCAAUGAAUAUAACAUAGUUCAGUUGGAACGACGUAUUUUAAAAAUUUAGGGAAAAUAACUUGCUUUUGUUUGCAAUAGGGUUUCUGGAAGGAAGUGUGAAUAGCUUUGAAAUAUCUUAAUUAUGCAUACACCGUAUAUGCUUGAAAAAUAAGUAUGAUCAUUGAAAUAUACGUGAAAA